ACUCGAAAAGCUUGUAUAAUAUUUUUUAGUGUAUAUGCUGUUGUAUACAUUUAAAAUCGAAAAAUGCUAAGUAAAAGAAAUAUCGUGUGUUUAUACAAUUUAUUAUUUCUUUUAACGCUGAUGUCAGCAUCAAAGUUGACGAAUAUUGAAAACAACCCCACUCAAAUUUAUCUCCUGGGAUUAAAUGACGCUGGAAAAACUGCAAUUUUCAACAGUUUAUUAGGUAGAAACUUUACAUUAUCUCAACCAACAAUCGGUUUUAAUUUGGAAGACGUAAAAUAUAAGGAUUUGAGCUUUUCUUUGUGGGAUCUUGGAGGUCAAUGUAGAUUACGGUCAUUAUGGAAGCAUUUUCUAAAUGAAAAUACAAAUGGUAUUAUAUUCGUAGUGGAUGCAGCAGCUGGAAAAGAGCGGUUGAAAUUGGCAUCAAAAGUGCUACACGAAACACUUCAAAAUGCUAUUAUACCCGACGAGCUCUUCCUUUUGGUUUUGGCAAAUAAACAGGACGUGGAUGUUAAACUAAGUGCAGCAGAAAUAGUAGAUGGUCUAAAAUUGGUGGGAUUAAAGUAUGAAUGGGAGCUGUUGAAGACCUCAGCAAAGCAUAAUACCGGUAUAAUAGAGUGUUUGGAUUGCCUAAAACGAAAAUUUAACUAGCGUAAAUCAAGUAUCAAGCGAUUUAAAUAUAUGUUUAUUAAUAUGUAUAUGUAUAAAAUAAAUGUAACUGCAUAAUGAAA